AUGGAUGACGAUAAGGUUACAUGUUUGACAUUUAUUGACUUUAAAAAGGCAUUCGACCUUAUAAAUCACAAAACUCUGCUGAAAAAGCUUGCAAUUUAUGGGGUAGACGGAUCAUCAAUUGCCUGGUUUACAUUGUAUCUAUCCGACAGAAAACAGUUUGUUAAAUUAAAUGAAUAUGUAUCCACUUGUCAAGUGGUAUCACAAGGAGUACCGCAAGGAUUGAUCCUCGGACCGUUGUUGUUCAUUACAUUUAUAAACGAUAUGCCUCUUCAUAUGCCUGACCCAAAUGUAGAAAUUUAUGCCGAUGACACAACUUUAGCAAGAAGUGCAAGUAUCGACAAAUUGCCUGUUUUAACUCGAAUGAUAAACCAAGAUUUGAUCUGCUUAGAGAGAUGGUGUAAUGAAAAUGGCAUGGUUAUAAACACGUCAAAAACAAAUGUUAAUCGCUGGUAA